GGGCAAAGAAUUGCACUGGUUCAAACUGGAAAAGUCAACGACUGUCGUGGCAGCCAUUAUGUGAAAUUGUUUUGUUUGGCCGGCAAGAUUAGUUGAAGCUGUAUUAAAGUAACUAAAGCAAGUAAAAACCGUAACGGUCGUAAUUCAUAUUUUGAAUUUAUAAUACUAAUCAGUUAAUUUUAAAAGAGUGCCGAUUUAUUAAAAAUGUCUACUGAUCAUUAUAACAUUGAUGGACCAAGAAGUUCAAGUCGCGUUUUAAGACCACCUGGUGGUUCUUACACAGAUAUCUUAGGCGUAAAAGGAGGCCAAAAUGACGCUGUUAAAGCGGUUAAAAGCACCCCAAAAAGCGGUAUAGCAGACUGUUUCAAGUUUGAAGAUUCUUCACCUCCUACACAGCCAGAAACCAAGAAAGAAGAAGAAACAAAAGAAAAUGAAAAGAUUCAAACAUGUGAGAAUGGAAAUGAAAAUAAUAAUCCAAAGGACAAUGAAUCAUCCACUAAUGAAAAAAAUCAAUCAAAUGCUCCUCAAAAAGUACGAGUUCCACCAGGUGGUUGGUCCUCAGGCUUGUGGUAAACAUUGUUUUUUAGUAUAACAUUGUUCAAUUUUGCAUUUCAUAAUAUUGAAAAAAAAAAGUCUGAAGUAUGUCUAGCUUAAUUAUAUUGCAUUUUGUAUUGUAAUUAAACUUAAAUAAUAAAUUUUUCAAUGCAGAUCAAAAACUA